AUGAUUGAUAAAGAUCCAUCAUCUCAGUCAAUCAUUCACCAGAAAAUAACUCUCUCGAUUGACACAGAUAGAUUUGUUUUGAUCGCCGGAAAUGAAAUCUUAGAAGUAUCGUAUGAGACUGGGAAAGUCGAAAAGAAAUCAAAACACGAGCCCUCUCCGAUCGCAAGACAUUAUGAUGUUUGGGGUGUUGUUGGCUUUGUUAAAUUGCUUUCAGGAGCAUAUUUGAUCAUUAUUACUACAGCACAAUUGCUUGGACAAAUUCAGGGAAAAGAUAUUUUUAUGGUGAAAAGAAUAGCAAUAUUACCAUUUCAAUUUGAGCGAGCAUGCUUAAUAAUGGAAGAACAAAUAAAUGAAUAUCAAUUGUUUAAAGAAUCAGAAGAAUUAAUCGAAGGAUCAAAUAUUUCCCUGCCUGAAAGUGAUGACGCCAAUAACAAUCCACCUAGUAAUCCGCGACAUAUUCAAUUUGGUUCAGAAGAUGGAGACAAUGAAAUGUUUACAGAAGCAGAUGCUAGUCAAAUUUCUAAAACACCUCCUUCCCCUGUGUCACCGCCUAAUCGUUUUCUAUCAAUACCAAUUCCCGCUGGAAAGAAACCUGUCGGUGCAUUAUUUAAUAAAAUGAAGACAGCAUUAAGUGAAAUCGGAAAGAAACGAACAUCUCCUUCGCCGACAUUCGUUUCUGAUCCUGAAGAGAUAGCUGAACAUGAGGUUGAAACGGAAAUUUCAUCUAUAAAUUCAGAUGAAGUCAUGAGUCCAGUAUCGAUAGAGGGCAAUCAUACUAUCGAAAAUCCUUCGAAUCCUUCGGUUGCGUCUGGAAUCACUAAAAGACUUUCAGUAGUUUGGGACGAGUUAAAAACUGAUUUUGUAGCAAGCGCUCGAGAAAUUUCUAAUCCACCACCACCACCACUUAUCAGUGAAAAGGAAAAAGGUUUGGAAGGCAGAAUAAUAAAGGAAAUCGCUGCACUUUUUAGAUCCAAUGCGUUUUUCUUUUCUUAUGAAUUUGAUCUUACUACAUCUCUGCAGCGAAAGGAAGACUCGCCAAAUAAACCAUUAUGGCAACAGGUGGAUAAGAGAUUCUGGUGGAAUGAGCAUUUAUCCGAGUCUUUGAUAAAACAAGAACUACACUCGUGGGUUUUGCCGAUAAUGCAAGGAUAUGUUCAAAUUGAAAAUUGUGAAAUUGAAAAUCAAAGUUUCGAUUUUAUGUUAAUAUCACGUCGAAGUCGAGAACGAGCAGGAUUAAGAUAUCAAAGAAGAGGACUAAAUGAAUUUGGGAAAGUUGCGAAUUUUGUCGAGACCGAACAAAUUAUCUCUAUGCCGAUAGGAGAUACCACUCAUCUCGUGUCAUUUCUUCAAAUACGGGGAUCAAUUCCAUUAUUUUGGUCACAAUCUGGAAACAGCUUAAGGCCCAAACCAGUAUUGGAAAGAACGGAAGAAGAGAACCAGAAAGCCAUCCAGAAACAUUUUGAAUACUUGACUGAGAACUAUGGAUCCAUCGUUUCAAUAAAUCUAGCCGAGUUAAAUGGCCCAGAAUUAGUCGUCGGUAGCGCAUACCGAGAGGCGAUUGUGGAGCUUGCUUUUGAUAAUGUCCAAUACGUGGAAUUCGAUUUUCACAAGGAAUGUAAAGGAAUGAAAUAUGAAAAUAUUUCAAAGCUUGUUAAUAGUCUGGAUAGUAACUUUAAUUCUAUUGGAUACUUCUGGAGAGAUGGAGACAAGCAUGUGCAUCUCAAACAGAAAGGAAUAUUUCGUACGAAUUGCAUCGAUUGUUUAGAUCGUACGAAUGUCGUCCAGAGUGCAUUAGGCCGACAAAUUUUAACGCUUCAGCUUUUACGACUUGGAAUCGCUGACUUUCUGGAUAAUGGCAUUGCACACUACGAAAAUUUCGAAAAUAUUUUCAACCAUGUUUGGGCUAAUAAUGGUGAUUCUAUUAGUCGUGAAUAUGCCGGAACUAGAAAGCGAAAUCUACAAGGACUUGUCAAUGACGCGUCUAAUUCUUUAGCUCGAAUAUAUCAGAAUACGUUUAAAGAUUCCUUAAGACAGGCGACCGUCGAUUAUAUUUUGGGAAACCGAAAUAUUGACGUAUUUCUCGAACUUCAACAAAAAUUUGAAGUAUCUGACCCUGGUGAUGCUGAUCGUUGGGCAAAAGUUCGAGCGGCCGCAGUCGAGACUACCAGUGAAAUUGUGAUAGUCGACAACGAGACUAAAUUAAAUGGGUGGACGUUUUUAUCACCAGUCGAGUCAAAUACAAAGCGAAGCAAAGCAUACGAAGAAAAAGUUGUUCUCCUUACGAGCAAAGCAUUGUAUAUAUGUACUUUUCAUUAUCGUCUUGAUAAAGUAAUGCAAUUCAAACGGAUAGGAUUGGGUGAUAUUACAAAUUUGGAGAAAGGAGAGUACAUAUUAUCUACUUUACAUCCAUCAUGCACUUCACCCGAAGAUAACUAUGGAUUCAUAGUUUAUUAUCGAGCAGUUGGUGAAUCGGGACGUGUGAAUUCAGGAAGCAUUCGUAAUUCCGAUGUUGCUCUUUCUGCAAACGAUACUAAACAAAAUCAAGAUGAAGCAACCGAAAUACGAUUUACCGCGUUCAAAGCUUUCCGCAGCAAUUUGGCUGGUGAAGCAACAAAGUUUUACGCUGGUGCUGGAUCAGAUCUGUUAAAAGGAACUAAUGAGAUCACGUCAAAGCAAGUUGUCAACGAAGUUGUUGAGAACAUCGUUAGUGCAUGUCGUGAUAUUGGAAACAGUGAUAACCUAAUUAUUCUUGAGAAACCAAUUAUUAGUUUGGCAGAGGCUACAAAAAACACUGGGAUUAUGACGCGUGUUGGGUUCAAAGUCAAGCAAGCGCUGUGGUUAUAA